AAGUUUUUUUUUUUUUUUUUUUUCUUUCUAGAAUUGCCUUUUAAGAUAUUUUAACUUGGACCUUCAUUGAAGUGCAGAAAAAAAAAGAACAGGAUUCUGUCGACGCUCACCGCUCUGUUACUCCGCCGCACGGUCAGCAAUCUCCGGCUUAGGCUACCACUUUACUUAUUUAUCAAUGAUGAAGAGGGUAUGGAGAAUCCCGGAUGCUUUCCAGAUGGAAGCAAUUCUCCGAAGAUCUUCUGAAGAUUAUAGAAAACUUUCAUCGUGUUACACAAUUGCACGAGGUUCAGCCAAUAUGUUUUGCAUCCGAGGACUGGCAAGCGAGGCGCCUUCUUCGCAACCUGCCUGGCCACAGGUAUUUUCUUUGUUCGCAGAUAGGUGGAGUCACGCUGAUUCUUUAGUGAAACAGGAUAUGAAAGAAAGGGUUUCACAUUUAAGGGAUGAGCUGCUAGCAUACAGUGGUGAUGCUGAAAAGAUUGAGAAAAUAUUGGAAGAUAGAGGGAUUUCGUUGUUUAGGAGGUAUGCAGAUGGUUCUGCAGUUGUUGAGCUCUUAAAGCAGCUAAAAUCUUCGCCCGGAUUAGCGCUCCAGGCUUUUGACUGGAGAAGAAGACAAUUGGAUUACCGGACUCCCAUGUCACCUGAGGAGUAUUCCAAGGCUAUUGUUGUGGCUGGAAGGUUAAAGAAUGUUGAUCUUGCAGCCGAACUAUUCAAGGAGGCUUCCAACAAGCUACUCAAGUCGACCUCUUUAUAUAAUGCCCUUAUGACAGCUUAUAUGUUCAAUGGUUUGGCUGUAAAGUGUCAAUCAGUUUUUCGUGACUUGAAAAGGGAAGCAACAUGUACUCCAACUAUUGUUACAUACAACAUACUUAUCUCGGUGUUUGGAAGAUUAAUGCUGAUAGAUCACAUGGAGGCAACCUUACGGGAAAUAAAUGAUUUAAAUAUCUGCCCAAAUGUUAGUACGUACAACUAUUUAAUUGCUGGAUAUAUCACAGCGUGGAUGUGGGAUGAUGUGGAGAAGACGUAUAGAAUCAUGAAGGCAGGAAGUAUCAAGCCUGAUCUUACUACCCAUUUGUUGAUGCUUCGAGGAUAUGCACAUUCUGGUAAGUUGGAUAAGAUGGAAGAAAUCUAUGAGCUUGUUAAAGGUCAUGUUGAUCAGUAUGGAAUCCCGUUAAUUCGAUCGAUGAUAUGUGCUUACAGUAAAAGUUCUGACGUAAAUAAGGUUCAAAAGAUUGAGGAAUUGAUGAGGUUGAUUCCUAAAGAUGAUUAUAGGCCUUGGCUUAAUGUCAUAUUGAUAUGUUUGUAUGCAAAGGAGGAUUUAUUAGACGAGAUGGAAAAUUCGAUAAAUGAGGCAUUUAAAUGUAACACAUCUGUCACAACAGUUGGUGUUAUGCGUUGCAUCAUUUCAAGUUACUUCCGAAACAAUGCAGUGGACAAACUUGCUAAUUUUGUUAGCCGUGCAGAAUGUGCUGGUUGGAAAAUAUGCAGGUCCCUUUACCACUGCAAGAUGGUUAUGUAUGCAUCACAAAGGCGACUCGUUGAAAUGGAGAGCGUUCUUAGCGAGAUGGAUAAAGUGAAUCUGGAUAUCUCAAAGAAAACAUUUUGGAUAUUACUUAAAGCCUACGCAACAUGGGGGGAAAAGCAUAAAUUUCAUCAGGUCUUGUGUAUGAUGUGCAAGCAUGGAUAUGGAAUUCCUAUGAAUGGAUGAAUUUGGUAGUUCAUAUUUCAAUUUCCUUCCAUCAUCGUUCUAUGGCGGUUAACCGAUUGUAAUGCUGUUGGAAUCUGGGAUUUUGAUGAAGCAGAUGACUCCGUUAUUUAGUUCUUCUCCUUUUCUUGUUCCCUGUUAUUGCUGAUAUACGACAUACUAGAAAGAAGCUCAAGCGAUGAAAGCAUUUCUAUGAUUUAGAAGAGUUAAUCCAAGCAUGUGUGAACAGCAUGUCUGCUUAUUGUCAAUAUAAUUCCAAUUGAGGGUAUUUUAGACUUCUCAUAGUACUUAGUUGUGUAACUUGUCGAGUAUUUAACGUGAAACUGAAAGGCCACGGGCCACUUCUUUAUUUUGCUUUGUUCGUGGCUCUAAAUCUUCUACAGCCUUUUUGGUUCAUUGCCAUUCAGCUUGUCUGGGUUUUAACAUCAUCUCUAAGCUAUUAACCUUAUUCUUUGUCGCUACACUCGCUCGGAGAUUUAUGUUGUUCCACUGCCUCUGAUCGCUGUACCCCAAAAUAUCUGCUCUAGAAGAGCAAAGAAGCAGCUAUGCUACUCAAUUUUGAUGGAAUGGCUUCACCGUUUUCUCAUUCUUAUUAUUUGUUUUGGCUUGAAGUUCUGUGUCAUUGCUGAUUAAUUUAUGUGAAGAGAGAGAGAGUCAAGAAGAGUUGAAGAAGAUUUCUGUGAACCACAUUGGGUAAUGCCUAUGAAGAGGAGCCUUGGAGUAACUGGUAAAGUAGCUGCCAUGUGACCAGGAGGUCACGGGUUCAAGCCAUGGAAGCAGCCUCUUGCAGAAAUGCAGCACAUGCGCAGAGACAAAUGACGAGCCAUUUCCUGAUUAUUUUUCGCAAGCACCAGCCAACUUGUUGCGGUUUGUAUCUCAACCAAGACCCCGAAAUUCCAUUAUUCUACUAUUUCUGCAUCCAAGGCAAACGUCUCUCAUCUACAAUUCAAUUUGCGCGAUCUCCAAGCUGAAGAGCAGCUGCCAGUUGUUUAUAUUUAGAACUGCACCGAGUCCCAGAUUACCUGGAAGCCGUUCCUUGAUGUUUCUGCUGUCCCAAAAUGUGAAUAUGAGACUUUUCUUGCCAAUCAGUCAAAAGCUCUGACAAAACAGAUGCAGCGGCGUUUUACAUCUGUUUUUUUUUGUUUUUUUGUUUAUUAUUGGAUUGUUGGUCUGCUGCUCAGCCUCUGAAGUGUGCUUACUGUCUGAAGCAUCAGGAGAAAAUAGGGGAAACAAUGGGCUUACUGUCUGAAGCAUCAGGAGAAAAUAGGGGAAACAAUGGUGCUUCCUCAAACAGUGGUUAUUCACAUGGAAAGGUUUGUUGAUAAACUACCAGGCCACCUGCUGAUUAUGUGAAAGCAUCAUACAGAAACUCUAAAACCCUUGCUUAGAGUUAGUGAGCGCCGGAGGUGGUGCCGUGUAUUACUGACAUAUGUACAUUUUUUAGAUCUUCUACAUUUUAUACAUGGUUACGAGUCGAGAGCAUUGUGUUUGGUUGAACCUGCUACAAAGGACUAGAUCUGCCUCUAUUAACUAGUAGUUACAAUUGAAGGUAUACCUUGAGAUGGUCGAUGUUUGUUUCGUUCUGCUGCUCAUGGUGCUUGUUUAAGGUCGAGAGCCCCCGCAUGAUGAGAACCUACAGAGACAAUUAGCAGAUGAAAUACGGGCCAGAGUAUGUUUGUUUCUUAAUAAGAAUGUUUGUUUCUUAAUAAGCCUAUUGUUCCUAGAUUUGUUGUCGGGAAGCCUGAAAACUGUAAUAGUUCAAAUUAUUUUGGUAUUUUGCAGACUAAAAACUGAAACUUUAAAGUGAUAAAGUUCAAAAGGAUUGAAAUUAGCGUAUAA